UUCUGCCUCUGAUUGCAAUAAACGGCCUCCUGGCCAAACUGUCAAGCCUGUUGCUGAAUCUGCAUUCUGGUUCCAACCCUCACCUGACUAAUCCCGACAGAACGAUCAGACCACAAUAUGGAACCCGCAGAUUCAAAUCCGCUUCACGUGGCCCUCCGAGUCCAGGGACAGCGAAUCCUGCAGCAGGAGGAACAGAUUUCCUCCCUCCAUGAAUUCCUGAAAAAGACAACUGAUCGACAAGCGUCAAUGAUACAGAACUUGAACUCUCAGCUCGCAAACAUCGCUCUUCAACUUCAACCAACAGCCCAAUCUGCCAGGCCGGCCUCUGUUCCUGUAGACCAACCCAACUCUCUCUCCGAGGGUCAAGCGGGGGCGCCUGUCACACAAGUGAACUUACAACUGUCCCGCCCGGAACGCUUUUCGGGUGACACGGGAGACGUUCGCACCUUCCUAACACAAUGUGAGCUCCACUUUGAAUUGCAAGCCUCUGCUUUUGUGUCUGAGCGUUCCAAGGUGGCUUAUGCAAUUUCUCACCUCUCGGGAAAAGCCGCAGCUUGGGCCACUGCUGAAUGGAGCCGCAACUCGCCUGUCUGUUCAUCAUAUCUGACUUUCACCACCUCCUUGAAACAAGUUUUUCAAAGUAAACCACCGGGGAGAGAAGCGUCGUUAGCCCUAAUGAACCUGCGACAGGGGAAACGCCGGGUGGCCGACUUCGCCAUUGAUUUCCGAACGCUAGCAGCAGACAGUGACUGGAACCCAUCCGCACUGUCUGAUGUAUUUUUUCAAGCCUUGUCUGACCCCAUCAAGCUUGCCAUGGUAGCCAUCGACAUCCCGGGCGACUUGGACUCCCUUAUUGCACUGGCCAUGCAGAUCGACCGACGCCUUGCCGAGCGAGACCAGGAAGGAAAACGUCUGCCACGCCAACAUCCUCAUCGCGAUCAAGGCAACCCCCACACCUUCCUGCCGUCACCUCAACGGCGCUUGCCUCACUCCCUUCGUCCGCAAGAACAAACACCUGAGGAGCCGAUGCAGCUGGGCCGUACUCGCCUCACCCCAGGGGAACGUCAACGCAGAGCAAGAGAAGGACUAUGUUUUUACUGUGGACAACGUGGUCAUGUAGUCAAUAACUGUCAAGUCAAGGCCGCAUCAUACCCAGCUAACCCCUCUGUCCAGGAAUCUCACCAGCAGCAUGUACGGGCAGUACUUCAGAGACUCCUGCGGAACCAGUUGUAUGUCAAGGCUGAAAAAUGUGAUUUCCAUAAAUCCUCCGUUCCAUUUCUCGGUUACAUUCUCGCCGAGGGUAAGGUCAAGAUGGAUCCUGACAAGAUUUCAGCCGUCCUGAACUGGCCUGUACCAAAGAACCUAAAAGAGCUACAGCGAUUCCUGGGUUUUGCUAAUUUUUACAGGAAAUUCAUUAAGAAUUAUAGCACUAUUGCCUCACCCCUGCAUUGUCUUACUUCCACUCAUAGACGCUUCCUGUGGUCAGAGCCAUGCCAGAAGGCCUUUGAUCUGCUCAAGAACCGCUUCACCUCUGCCCCCAUUCUCUCCUUGCCGGACCCUGCUCACCAAUUCAUUCUGGAAGUGGAUGCCUCAGACGUGGGAGUAGGAGCAGUGCUCUCCCAGAGAAAUCCCACGGACGGCUCCAAGAACACGAAACCAGACGCAUUGUCGAGGAUAUUUGAAUCAAGGAAAAACCCCUCUGAACCAAUGCCAAUUGUGCCUGAAUCCUGUUUUUUAUCUGUGCUGUCGUGGGAUAUCGAGGCAAAGGUAAAAUCCGCUCUCGAGUCCACAGAGACCCCUUCAGACUGCCCCAAAGAAAAGCUAUAUGUGGUGCCUGAGCUUCGCGGUCAGGUUAUCCACUGGGCCCACACUCUCAAGACCUCUUGUCAUCCAGGUAUCACCAAAACAAUUUUUGUCAUAUCUCAGAGGUUCUGGUGGAAAGCCAUGCGCAAUGACGUUACCGAAUACGUCAACGCCUGCUCAGUAUGUGCCUCCAGUAAGCCAUCUUCGUGCAGACCAGCUGGUGGGCUCCAUCCCUUACCAAUACCAUCCAAACCCUGGUCACACAUAUGUAUGGACUUCGUAACUGGUUUACCCCCAUCCUCUGGCAACACCGUUGUUCUCACAGUAGUAGACAGAUUUUCCAAGAUGGCACAUUUCAUUCCAUUGCCUAAAUUACCUUCUGCCAAGGCGUUGGCGCAAGUACUCAUGUACAACAUAUUCCGCGUGCAUGGCUUCCCCACUGAUGUAGUUUCUGAUAGGGGUCCACAGUUUGUUUCAGCUUUCUGGAAAGCCUUCUGCAGGAUGAUAGGGGCUACGGUUAGUCUUUCAUCUGGAUUCCAUCCCCAGUCCAACGGUCAAGCGGAGCGGCUGAACCAAAUCUUGGAGACUGGUCUUCGUUGCCUGGCGUCCCAGGACCCCUCCACGUGGAGCGAGAAGUUGAUGUGGCUUGAGGUGGCACAUAACACUCUUCCAUCAUCAGCGACAGGCUUCUCACCCUUCCAUGUUGUGCAUGGCUUUCAGCCCUCGCUCUUCCCUGCUCUUGAUACCAACUCUCCAGUUCCAUCAGCUCUCGCCUUAAUCCGUAGAUGCCGCCGGACCUGGGAACGAGCUCGACGAAUUCUGCUCCGUCGUUCGGCCAUCUACAAGACUGCUGCGGAUCGCAAGAGGUCUGCUGCACCGACGUACGCUACAGGUGACCGGGUCUGGCUGUCCACACGACAUCUGCCUUUGAAGGUCCAGUCAAGGAAGCUUGCUCCCAGGUUUGUGGGUCCCUUUCCGGUUUCUAAAGUUAUUAAUCCAGUCUCCGUGCGCCUGCAGUUGCCAAAGUCCAUGAGAGUCCAUCCCACAUUUCAUGUCAGUCAGCUGAAACCAGCCCGUGCAAGUCGUCUUGUCCCUCCGGCCAGACCCCCGCCCGGUUUGUGGAUGGCGGCCUGGUCUAUUCUGUCCGGCGGCUCCUGGCGGUGCGGCGUCGCGGCCGGGGUUUCCAGUAUCUGGUUGAUUGGGAGGGGUACGGCCCGGAGGAGCGCUCCUGGAUUCCCUCCCGGUUCAUCGUGGACCCUGCCCUCAUCCGUGCCUUCCACGCUGCCCAUCCUGGGGCGCCUGGGCCGUCGGGUGCCGGCCGUUGAGGGGGGGCCUUGUCAUGUUCCCUGCCUCUCUGGUUCACUCACCUGCCUUUUCCCGCCUCUCGGCUUGGCACAGCUGCUACUGAUCAUCGUUAGGGGAGUAUUUAAGUGGCAGGCUCACAUCACUUCACUGUCUGAUCGUUCCAGCACAAAGCUUCACGUCCUGAGACCUCCUUCAUGUGAUAUCCUGCCUGCUCAUCUUGACUGA